AUGGCAAGCUUUUUAUCAUCUUUAGAACAAUCGUUACUUAAGCAGAAAAAGAAACAUUUAUGUAAGGGUGAAGAAGAGAAAGUUAUUAAUAAUCAAUCAUGGAUUGAUAAUAACAAUAAUUUGUCUUCUGAAGUCAAGAUAUUAAUUAGUGGAUGGAAAAGAGAUGGCAUUUGGCCAUCUUCUGGUAAUAAUAAUAAUAAUUCAAAUAAUAAUACCAAUGUUUAA